UUUCCAUCAACACGGGCGCGCUCUUCCAGCCCCUGUUGCGCGCAGAGGUCCCGCCCACCGAUCCAACACGCGCGUCUUCACGCGGUUUCACAGACCUCGUGCGCGCACUUCGCUGCCCAUAUAAACCCGGGACGGCGAGAAGACGAAGAAGGCCAGGGGAGAGGAGGGGAGUAGCCCAUCGCCGAGUUAAGUCUCGCGAAACGGCAUUUGCGCGACCCAAAACUUGCGAGCGAGGCGGCGAGCAGCAGGAAGGGCAGAGCGAGUGAGGGGAGCGACCCGCGCAAGUCACACGCCACGUGAUGAUACCGUUUCAAAAAAAAAAUCUCGAGGAAGCGACGUCAACAAAGAGCGAAUUAUUUGGUGUUGCUGCUGCUUCAUUGACGGUGCUGCACAAGCACAACGAACAGCAAUAACAACCUAAGCGAAAGCUCUCCGAGUCGCCGCUCAAUCUCCAGUGCCACCGCCCCACAUCCUGGGCUCAUGGAGGGGCCCACAGCGCCCACGGACCAGGGCCCCCUGCAAGGGGACUCGUCGGGCCCCGUGCCGCCCCCGCACGUGUACGUGGUGACGGGCGGUGCGGGCUUCCUGGGCGGCUUCUUGACCCCUCAGCUGCUGGAGCUCGGGGAGGAGGUCGCCGAAGUUCGACUCGUAGACUGCGCCUUCAAGGGCGAUGAGAUUUUGUCCUAUCCAGAGGCCGUGCGAGGCAAGAUCCGCGUGAUCCAGGCCGACAUCCGCGAUGAGCGUGCGAUGCGGGCGGCGUGCCGAGGCGCCCAUGUCCUCCUGCACACGGCCUCGCUCAUCGACGUGUGGGACCGCAACAGCGAGGCAGAGAUCUUUUCCGUGAACCAGCACGGCACGCAUGUGCUAUUGGAGGCCUGCGUGCACGAGGGUGUGAGCGUCGCCAUCUACACCAGCUCCGUGGAGGUGGCCGGGCCCAACGGGCAGGGUGACCCCAUUGUCAAUGGCGACGAGGAGACCCCGUACAAGCACAACCUCUGUUUCACCUACAGCCGCAGCAAGGCAGAGGCCGAACGUCUCACGCUGUCCUACGACGGCGCGGCUCUACCGGGCGGCGGCACCCUGACGACGUGCGCUCUGCGGCCCAUGUACAUCUACGGCGAGCGCUGCCGCUUCUUGCGAUUCCACAUAACCAAUGGCCUCGCCAACGGGCGCGUGCUGCUGCGCGGGUCGCGCCCCAGCGCCCUCGUGAAUCCCGUCUACGUCGGCAACGUGGCGCACGCGCACGUGCUGGCAGCACGCCUGGCACUGACGGGCGGCACCGAGGCGGAGCGACGUCGCCCCGGCGGGCGCGUCUACUACGUGUCGGAUGACACGCCGCCCAUCAGCUACUCAGAUUUCAACUACAUGGUGGCGCGCGACCUUGGCUUCGGCAUUCAGAAGCGGCUGCCGAUGCCGUUCGUCGUCCUAUACGCCGUGGCGGCCCUGCUCGAGCUGCUCCGCUUCUUGAUGCGGCCGUUCUACAAGUUCGUCCCACCCAUCAACCGUCAGCUCGUGGUCAUGGUCAACACGCACUUCACGUUCAAGCACGAGCGCGCGCGGCGCGAGCUGGGCUACAAACCCCGCUUCUCGUGGGAGGAGGCGCACGCCCGCACCACCGAGUGGCUCGCCAAGGAGGUGCCCUUGAUAGAGGCUGAGCUGAAACAAAACAAGAAAUAACGUGCCGUCGACGCUUUGCGAGCUGAAAGAAGAUGCAACCCGAGGAGCAGAUAUCUAUUGUGGCUAGUUACCUAGGCCAGUAGAGUGUAGGCUGGUUGCCAUGGGCCCGAGUGCAAGGGAUCAAAUGGAGCUGUCCAAUUUCGCCCCCAUCUCUGUAGCCCUACCUGCACACUUGAUAAUUACGCUAGUUAUAUCGGCUGUGUCGCUAGGUAGUGUGGAAUGCUUUGUUAUUAGGGGUGGAAGAAUGUAUCGAUUCAUAAGUUCAUUUUAAUUCUUAAGCUUAAUAAAUGCAUUGAAUCGGCUGAGUAUGAAUUCAUAUAUAUUUUUAAAAUGUUUUUUUGGUUUAUGUCACCUCUGUUUUCACCACGAGGGGCGCUACCAUUCAUAACAAUGUAAACAUGUUUUAUUCUUUUCAGGAGGCAUGACCCUGAAUCACAUGAAUUUGUGGAAACACCCAGGCGAUUACAGGUGUGUCUCGCUUAACGAGCGAGAUAUGUUCCAUGAAAUUAGCUCGGGAAGCGAAAAUCGUGAAACCAUCAUCGUUUUCCCAUUGACUCACUCCCAUCUAACGUGAGAAAUACAAAUUAUAAUGUGAUAAUAAAGUAAUGAAACAACAAAUGUAACACCGCACAUGAAAA